AUGGAUCCUCUGCUAAAACCCUCAUCUCAAGCUGUAUUUUCCUCCUUCAACCCCAGUGCAGACAGAGUCAUCCUUCCGCGCGCUGGCCCCCUACUACCAUCACAACAUCGCCAACGAGCCAGGCGUGCCUGUCAGCAAGAGAUAAACAAGGAGGAGUUUCAGCAAUUGAAGAAGCAGAAUGAAAAAUACAAGUUUUUGCUGCUCAAGUUUUCUGAAAGAGCGGGCUAUAUCGUUGAUGAUAUCAACCAGGUGUUAGAGCCCCAAACAAAGCAAAGCAAAGAUGCUCCCAGUCUCAGUCAUGAAGACAGCAGCUCCUCAUAUCGAUCAAUGUGGUCUUCCGACGCCGAAGGCGUCAUAAAUGAAGACAUCAGCCGAAAUGAAGAAAGCAGAGCAACGGGUUUUUUAGAGAAAACCUCCGAGCUAUCGCAGUUACAAAACUUGCAUAUUGAAACUGAGAGUUGCAGCCGUCCAGGGCAUGCACUACCCAGGCAAACCAGCUCAGGAACUUCGCAUGAAAACCAUAUUACCUCUGAGUGCUACCAUGCAAAUGAGGCACUGAUGCUUAAGUCCAAGCAGUUAAACCUGUAUGAUUUGCCACCGAGACAUACAGCUGAUAAGUACUGUGAUAUCUAUUUCAACUUUGUCAAUAUUCACUUUUCCAUUGUUCGAAGGUCGCUCUUCUUGUCUCAUCAUUCAGACCUUCAGCUAGUACAGAUUGAAGCAUUGAUCGCGUUCUACUUUCUUGUACAAUCACAAGUUGGCAGAGCUUGGAAGAUGAUACGUAUUGCAUCGAGCUCAGCAAUCGCUCUUGGAAUCAAUCUGCGUAAUGUAGAUGACAAGACAGAUUCCAUAUGCAAAGAGUCACGGUGUCGCCUUUGGUGCUCAAUAUUCAUGCUUGAACAUUCCCUUGCGACUAUGACUGGAAGACCAUCAAGCUUGAAUGGAACCUUUUCUGUUCAUCCGCCUUUCCCUUACAGUGAAUGCUCAUUCUCAUCUUUCCCAGCGUCUCGGUUUCUCAAUGAUGAUUCAGAGCGUGAGAGAAUUGCAAACUGGACUUUGUUUGAAAACAAUUCGCAGACGAAAGCACGGUUUGAACAGCUACAGUCAAUCAGACCAAACUCAUCACUUUACUUCACCUAUCAGAUGGACCUGUCACACAUAGCCAGCAUGAUUAGCAGUCGCAUAUAUGGAGUGCCUACACUGUGGAAGGAGUGGGACCAAGUAGAAAGUUCAAUCAAGCUAUAUUCACAAAAGCUGACUCAAUGGUUGUCCACCAUUCAUACGUCGUUCGCUUUUGCUGAUAGCGAGGGUGAGCUGCUCCAACAUAUUUCAACGCGCGAACAAGUCGGUCUUGCUUUGUACUAUUAUAGCACUCGCAUUCUGAUCAACCGCCCAUGCCUCUCACGAUCUGGGCUCCGAAAGAACAGUGAUUUCGAAUUUCCUAGAAGUCAUUUCAGCAAUGAUGCGGCUAUCACCUGUUUGCGCUCGGCGCUGUUACUUAUUUCAGUCUUACCAGACGAGCCUAGUCAACAGUGGUUUUAUACCAUAUCACCUUGGUGGACAAUGCGGCACUUCAUUAUACAAGCAAUAAAUGUUUUGCUUGUUCAUCUCAGCGUCAACUCCGCGCCUGUGCAGACGGGCCUAGGCAGUGAGCAAACAAGCGAAAUGGAUACAACUGAAUCUCUCAGUGCAGUUUUCUCAAGCUGCAAAAAGGCACUCUGCUGGCUCCACCACAUAGCAAACCAUGACCUUGCAUGUCGACCGAGCUUUGAGGUCUGCUCCAAGCUACUCCACCGUAUCGCAUUGUCCAAGGACCUUGGCCUUGAGGGUGUUCCUUCUGCUUCGUGA